AUGUCGGCUCGAGGGCGGGGACAGAGGAUUUUGAAAAGGAAGCGGGACGACGAAUUGCCCGGGCCCGUGGACCCCUUCCAACCCGGAGCCAUUGUUUGGGUUCAUCUGGGGCCCUCCUACGGACAUUGGCCAGCCACAAUGCGGGACGAGUCCCAAAUUCCCACCCUCAAAGACGAGAACAUCAAUUCGAGUAACAUUGAAAUGUUCGAGACUGAGAAAAUCGUCCGAGCAGGUCACCAAGAGCGAGCUCGGACGUUUCCAGCCGCCAGGAAAUUCGUAAAGUUCUUCGACGACGAUCCGUUCGAAACAUACCCUGUCCCUGAUGAAAGUCAAUUGAAACCAUACAUUUGCGCCGAGAAGCUAAACCUAAUACGGCAAGGAAUCGAGAAAUUCUCUAUCGAAAGAGACAAUUGUCUUCUGGACAACGCCACGCGACGCGAUCAGUUCAUCAAGGACGUAGAAAUGGCCGAGGUGCUUAGUAUGGACUGUGAUCCAAAAGUGGCUGAACUGCUGGGAGAAAUGGUGUUCUUGGAUCAGCCCUCGGCAGAAAUGCCCACCCCUUCUCCUGCUCCUAGUCAAGUCGAAACCAAGGCAAAGAGGGGGAAAAGACGAUUUGCAUCCGUCAAGAAACGGAAAUAGCGAGAUAGCGGAUCAAGAGAGGCCGAAAAGACUCACGCGGGCCUUUGAAUUGGACUUGUUCAAUUUUGAACAUUGAUUGAUUGACCUGUUGAAACUGGGGUGCUGUUCCUUGUAUUUCAUCACAUAUGCAGUACCUUGCCAAUACACUUACAAUUUAAAGCUGAA